CUUCCCUUCUUGGGCGCCCGCAUGAGGAUCUCGGCCGCCUUCUCGGCCGGCUGCCGCGAGAGCGAGAGCAGCUCCCGCUCGUUGUACCGCAUCGCUGCCGGCCGCGCCCGCCGGCGCCCUUCCGGCCGCCUCGCUCUCGAUGGUCCCACCUCCGAGAAUGCUCUCUCGCUCUCUUCCGGUUUAACCUCAUCCUCGCCCCCACUUCCUUUUUCACCCGGAAGAGUACCGAGUCAGCCCAGAAGUAGAUCUUUUGCGUGUGGCUCGUUGGCUGUUUGGUGUUGUUGCCGCUGGAAGGUGAAAGAGGCGGGAGGAGCGGCGAGGGGCGCCGCGGAAGGCAGGUGCUACUGGACUCUUGCUCUUUUCUACUACUAGUCAUGAUGAUUGAAGAGAGCCUCCACAUCCAGAGGCACUACAUCUCUGAAUACCAGUGCUAGAAGGCAGCUUGAUACCCAGCCUUUUCUCCUUGAUCAUACUGAAGCUCAAAAGCAUCAGCUAUGGAUUUUCAGCACCGUCCAGGAGGUAAAACGGGAAGCGGAGGCGUUGCCUCAGCCUCGGAGAGCAACCGAGACCGCAGAGAGAGGCUAAGGCAACUAGCACUGGAAACAAUUGAUAUCAACAAGGAUCCCUAUUUUAUGAAAAAUCACUUGGGUUCUUACGAAUGCAAGCUUUGCCUGACGCUUCACAACAAUGAGGGAAGCUACUUGGCGCAUACCCAGGGGAAAAAACACCAGACCAAUUUAGCUCGCAGAGCUGCCAAGGAAGCCAAAGAAGCUCCAGCCCAGCCUGCUCCAGAAAAAGUGAAAGUUGAAGUGAAGAAGUUUGUGAAAAUUGGCCGACCAGGUUACAAAGUGACCAAGCAGAGGGAUCCGGAGACGGGCCAGCAGAGUCUUCUCUUCCAGAUCGACUACCCAGAGAUAGCCGAAAGCAUCAUGCCCAGGCACCGCUUCAUGUCAGCCUAUGAGCAGAGGAUCGAGCCCCCAGACCGGCGUUGGCAAUACCUCCUGAUGGCAGCUGAGCCCUAUGAGACCAUUGCUUUCAAGGUACCCAGCAGAGAGAUCGAUAAAUCCGAAAGCAAGUUUUGGACCCACUGGAACCGAGAAACUAAACAGUUCUUCCUUCAGUUCCACUUCAAGAUGGAGAAACCUCCCACUCCGCAGAGCAUCCCAGCCGGACCUGCCACUGUGAAGAGGCCCCCACCGCCUCCCCUCAUGAAUGGCUUGCCUCCCAGACCUCCACUGCCAGAAUCCCUCCCUCCCCCACCGCCUGGGGGAAUGGCUAUGCCACCCAUGCCUCCCCCCACAGGGCCCGUGCCUUUGCCCCCAGGGCCACCCCAGCUUCCACCCGCUCCUGGCGUUCCCCCUCCCGCUCCUAUGCCUCCGAUGCUAAGACCCCCUCUCCCCACAGAUGGGCCCGGAAGCAUCCCUCCACCACCACCCACCAACUGAAAAGCAAUCUCGAUUGGGGACUCUUUGUAGCAGCGUUUACCUGCCACGUGUCAACCCUGUUUGCUGUUGAUUUUUUAAAAAUUUAUUCUGAUGACUCUCGUUCACAAUCCUGUAAGUUCAUUAAAAAGAUUUCUCUGCUUUGUU